UUUCGUGGCAUGAUUGACGAAACCUCGUGGGACGAUCGAGACUUCGUGGCACUUUGUAUAAAGCCCGCGGCAGACGAUUUCAGGUUGGUAUUCAGUAAAUUACUAGAAAUCCUGAGUGCUGAGUGGUGCAACCCAGGGAAUGAUAGUAAUUUAUUAGAUUGCAAGCAAUCAAGCGGGAAAAAUAGCAUCGUCUGCAGCGGGUUUAACACUCGUCUCACAUAUGAAUCGCGCAAGAUAUCUUGGCUAACGAGCACAGAUAGCAAAUCGCGAGGAUUCGGCGAUCACGCAAUGAUAUCGAUCACCAAUUAUUCGUAAAGAGCGAUCGCGAUUUCUUCCCGCACUUGUCGCGAACGCGUAUCACGAAACAAUAAGGGCGACGUC